UCCACUUGUGACGGUUUGUUUGAGCAAUAUUUACUUGCGCGAGGGUGGUGAAAGUAUUUCACCCUGUGUCUAACAACUGUGUCUCGAUCGUGAACCGCCCAACGCGGAUAGGCGCGGUUUCUAUUUGUGGAAAGAAAUUGCAACACUGCUCGGCCGCUGGGGGUGGCUGGAAAAAACAUGACAUCACUUGCACCAAAGACUACGCACUUCGGUGACGACGAUUGACGCCUUUAAAAGGCCGUGUCGGUGGACAAAACAGGAAACGGAAGGAGGGGAAAGAAGAAAGUGUCCACGAGAGAGUCACUUUUCGAUUGCGUGUGUGUUUACGCACACUUGAAAUUGUGUGGUGUUUUGCCCAUCCAUUGCUCGGUUCCAGGAGGUACGCUAGAUCGCAACCGUGUCCAGUGUGUGCAAGUUUCGUGACGUGGCCAUAUCAACCGACGGGCCUGAGGAAUGCCCAACCGGACGAAUGUAGAUUGGUCCAGAUAUGGACUUGGGGGUGAUGAUUCAUCACCGACCGAGCGGAGCCGCGGUGCCCACAGUCGGACCGGUGGCGGCAGUAGCGGUUUUGUGGAUCUUGGCAACGAGUAUGACUAUGGGGCCGGAGGUCACCACGCGUCGGGGCGCGAUGAAAUCUUCGCCGAAGAUCAGGGCGACAAGCCGUGGUGGAGGAGCAACUUUUUCAUCUCCCAACCGGUCCUGUUUGGCACGUGGGAUGGCGUGUUUACAUCCUGCUUGAUAAACAUCUUCGGUGUAAUCGUGUUCCUGCGCUCCGGAUGGAUCGUUGCCGAGGCGGGCAUCAUGCAUGCGAUACUUAUCAUCUUCUGUGCCGUCGGGAUCGCGCUGGUGUCCGUCCUUUCGGCGGUUGGCAUCUGCGAGCGGUGUCGGGUGGAAAGUGGUGGCGUAUAUUUUCUCAUCGCACACACACUCGGCUCGCGCUUCGGUGGAUCGCUCGGUCUGCUGUAUUGCUUCGGACAGGCCGUAGGCUGUGCGUUAAACGUGCUCGGUUUUGGUGAAUCCAUAGCCGGCCUCGUCGGACUGGAGGGUAAUCAGUGGGCCAUUCGUGGUUUCGCCAUUGCCGCUGUCCUCCUGCUCGGUGUAAUCAAUGUGGCCGGUGUGAAGUGGGUUGUGAAGCUGCAGUUUGCCCUACUGAUCAUCAUCCUUAUGUCAGCGUUGGACUUUAUGGUCGGUAGUUUCGUCGGCGAAGCACCCGAGCACGGGUUUGAUGGUUGGGGUACGGGUAACAUGGGGUUGAACCUGUGGUCGGCUUACUCGGAAGGUACGUCGUGGUUCACAGUAUUCGGAGUGUUCUUUCCCACCAUAACGGGAAUCCUUUCGGGAAUCAACAUGAGCGGUGAUCUCCGGGCACCAUCGACUGACAUUCCCAACGGAACGCUAGCUGCCCUCAGUACGUCCACGUUCCUCUAUAUGGUAUUCACCCUGUUCCUCGGAGCCACCUGCCAGCGGAGCCAUCUGCUGACGGACUAUCAGAUUGCUGUGAAAGUGUCGGCGGUGGAGUUUCUUCUGCUAGCCGGAAUCUACGUGUCCAGUAUGUCCUCAUGUCUCGGUGCCAUGUACGGAACGCCCCGCGUGCUUCAGAGUAUUGCCAACGAGAAUGUCAUUCCCGGUAUCGGCAAACUGGGCAAGGGGCGCGGUCCAAAUAAGGUUCCACUGUAUGCGAUGGCCGUCGUGGCGGGCGUUACGACGACGUUCAUCAUCAUCGGGGACAUAAACACGCUGGCACCGAUCGUCACGAUGCCCUUUCUACUAACGUACGCCUGCAUCGAUUAUUCGUACUUUGCCCUCGCACAAACGUUCGACAUUCAGAAUAGUCGCGAAGAACGGUUCCGGAUACAGGCGCAAAGCCCACUGUACGAAACGAGAAAUUAUGGCACAACCGGCGAUUACCACGAAAGUAACGAUCUCGAUCAGCUGUUCCCGGAGCGGACGCGGCAUAAAAAUCUUGGGACACCCUCAAACUCACCCCAGCAUGUGCCUUCAAAUGCCGUAACCAGCUCGGGGCGCGGUCAGGAAUCGAGCUCUCGAGCAAUCCAAUCCCACCCGACUCCGGUGGCUAACGGAAUACCUCAUAGUGCAUCGAUAACAAGCGGCGAUUCCGAAGUUAUUUUCCGGGAUGGCACGAACAGCGUCAACAACACCAGCUCGAUCGGCGAAGCGGAUGAUGAACCGAUCGCCCCGAUUCGACCACCAAUCCAUUCGAAAACGAAGAAUUGGUACUCAGGAUUUUGUAACCGCUGGGCCUCUCUUCUAGGUGCUGGCAUCAAAAUACUCGUAAUGCUGCUUGUAAGCUGGGUGUACGCCCUGAUAUGCAUCGGAACCGUUUUCAUCGUCUGGCUGUACGUCGGAACGGCAAAUCCGGCCGUUAAACCAGGCCUCGCGCACGAGUUUCGUUUCUUCGUUUGGUUGAAGAAUGUAGUUUUCCGGUGUUUUGGAAAACGUGUUCAUGAUUACGAGCAGGUUGUUGUCACACAAACCUGUCCCAACGUGAACCUGGCGGCAGCUCAAUUGAACGAGGAAAACGAAGACUUUGCAUCCCGGCGUCGGUACCACCAGACAGCGGUUGUGCAAGGGCGGUACGUGGACGAGGUGUGAAGGGUGGAAAAACACCCCGGUGAACGUUCGACGGUAAGCGGGAGUUUAACGUAACAAAUCGACUAGCCAGAGAAGGAUUCAUUCCUAUAUUGAACGAGUGUUUCCUCGCCCCUUUAGUUGUAACCCGCCGUUUGACCGAUCGCCAAAGUGAGAGUCUGACUGCUAAAUGUGUGCUACAUAACCAAUAAGCAUGUAACACGGUAACAAUUUAUAUUAACAAAAUUCCAAAAUAUAAGUAUUUGUGAAUGGGCGCGAGAAAUGCGGCAGAUGUAAAAAAAAAGAAACAAAACGGUGGAAACAGAUCGGAACAAGCAAUAUCGAGCAGCACACAUCAAAUAAUUACUGUUUAGUGUUGAAGCAGAAAUCCAGGAAGAAGAAAAAUUUCCGACCAUGAACACACAAAAUUGUUAGCAUAGGAUAAAAAAAAUGUACAUACGAAGGUUACCUUCUUAUUGUCUUUACUUCAAGCUGGAGCCAGAUGUGUAAACUUAUUGUUUCCUGCAUAUAGAUAUAAUCAUUUUAGGCUUAUUUAUUAACAACUACUAUGCUACUUUUGGCAACUUACCAUAAUGCACACUGAUAAUUGAUGCUGUUUUAAGUGAUACUUAUGUUAAUUGUGUUGAGAUUAUAUCGAUAUCGGAACAGAUAUUCUUCAUACAAGCAAUGCAACGGCACGUUUCAUUGUUCAGUGCUACUUUUUCCUCUUUUUGCUUUAUGAAAUAAUCUGCUAUUCGUUCUAAUAAAUCCAAUACCUUGCGCAUAUAUUGAAGCUGAAAGGAGCAGACACAGAAUACUACUUUGUAUCGUUUACUAAUAUACCACUUCGGAGAACGAGGGAACAAUAAACAAAAAAAGUGUACGUGAUUAUUUUUACUGUUUAGAUGAGCAAUUCAAGCUAAAUCAAACUUACCGCUAGUAUCGUGUAAUGCCGUGUAAAUCAAAUGAAUAAAUAAGAUAAAAAACCAAAAUC